UCCAGAGUUCACUGUGUGUGUGACAUGCCGGCCAAGCUUCACCACAGCCCUUGUAAGGGUCUUAAAAGCAUUUAUCACUGAAGUGCUACUUUUACCCACCCUCCCCCAACUCCCAUAGAGACACCUGGUAGUACGAAGACACCUCGGGGUGGCAAUAUUUAACAUGGCAAUGUUCGUUUUUUCACCCUCCCUCCUUUCAGCGUCACCUGCUAACAUUACCCUCCCUGCCCAGGCCCAAUUUACUGUCCAACCAUCCAGAAUCUACACACUCAGUAUAUGUCUUGCGGUGGUGUACACACUCACACUUGACAUUUGAGCAAGACUGAAAGAACGAAAGGAAGUUAAGAGUGUUUUCCUUGGAGAGACGUGGAUUGUUUUGGAGUAUAUUUUUAUGUUUUCUCUGACAACAUGGAGUACUGCUUUUUGAAAGGAUUCCUAGUGGUUUUGUUGAUACAACACUGCACGUCUGAAGUGGUCACCCUCCAAGAUGACCAGGCCUUACCCCAGGAACCAGAGCUGCCCCCUGCAGAGGUGGUACCCGUGGUGGCCCCCCCUAGCCUGAAGGAGGUGCAGCAGGCUGUGCAGGAGGCCUCAGAGCAGGUGGAGGGUCGUGGGGCAGAGGAAGUGCUGAAGGAGCUGCUGGAGAGGGUGGUGGAGGCAGCUCUGGGGCAGGUAGAAGGAGGAAGUGAAGCGAAAGCAAAGGAGACUACAGAGCAGGAAAUGGCUGAGGAGGAUGUGCUGGGAGUUGAAAUAGGAGAGACUGAAAGAGACACAGAGGCAGAGGUGGAGCAGGCAGUGGAGGAGGAGAUGGAGGGUGAAGAUAUAGGCGCCAAGGGUGGAGAUACUGGAGUCGGAGAGGAGCAGGAGAUAGAAGAGGUGGAUGGAUUUGAAGAUGUAGCUGGAGAGGGGAAAGGAGUUUUUGAGGUUGAGAUUGCAGCUGCAUCCGUGGAAGAGACCACAGCAGAUGUAGAAACUGGAGGAGGAGAAGCAGAGGGAGUGGAGGUUAUCGAUGAGUCUCUAGACACUGAAGUCAGUCAGGAGGUUGUAGAUGAAACUGUAGCUACAGUGGAGGAGGCAGGGGUGGAGGACAACAAAGAGCAGGUUGUGUUGUCGGAAGAAGAAGGAGCAGCUAAAACAGAAACACAGGAGGUAGAGGAAACUCCAGCUGUUGUGGAGGUGGCAAUAGGUGGAAAGCCAGAGCAGGAGACGGUGGUAGAGUCUGACCCUAGCCUGGCGGUAGCUGAUGUGGAGCAGAUAGGGGAUGUAUGGGGAAAGGAAGAAGCUCUGGAGGAAGAAACUCACGUAGAUGAAAUUGAAGGUGAGGUGAUAGUACCGCCUUCUGAUAAUUAUGAGAUGGAGACCACACAAACUGUAGUAGGGGAGCUGGUAGAGGAGGAGGAAGAGGUAAAUAUAGUGAAGGCUGAGGGACCAGAGGAAGAGGAUGAACAAGGCCAUUUAGUGGUGGAGGACGGAGCUGCUGAAGAGGUAGAAGCAGAAGGUACAGAAGUGGGGGGAGCAGAAGGAGGUGAAAGACAUGGAGAAAGUGUAAUCAAGGAGGAAUCUGUGGCAUUGGUAAAUGAGGUGGGUGACCACCAAGCAGGAGAAGAGGAUCAGAUUGCUUUGGAGACCUCACAGGGCAGUGAAAAGGAGGAUCAAGAAGUGCUGGUCAUCUCUGCACCAGAGCCCGAAGAUAGUGCUGACGCCCCCAUUGAGCAGAGCCCUGAGAACCAGGCUCCCACCCCAAGCCCAUCCCUAGGUGAGGUGAUCGGAGAAAAUACCCUUGGUAAUGUGAAAUCUAACUAUGACAAUGAGAUAAUCACCCCUACUGAUGACCUUUUGCCUCAUGACCCUGUUGUGGCCCAACCAACACUGGAUCAUUUUGUGACGGAUGUUCUAGCUGAAUCCCCUCAGGCAAAAGGCGAGGAACCAGGGGAGGCCAAUGAGCUGGUGGAAGAUACAGCUAGAACCACAGUGACAAGUGAGCUGGGCCUGGAGGCAUGGAAGAUUGGGGCUAUUUCUGCUGCAGUCUUCUUGGUUUUGGAGACCGUUGUUAUUAUUAUCUAUAUCUUCAAAUGUCGUAACAAAAACAGGAUAGCAGUGCUUGACCCAUCUGAUGUGGCUUCAACUCUGGCCCAAAACAAAGAGCAGCACAAAGAGGAGCAUGCGAUAGCCAUGUCUGACCUCCCGCCCAGCACUACAGAAGAGUCGGCCAACACUGGACCAGGACCAGACUCUUCACAAGACCUCAGGACUUCCAUUCUCUAGGGGGUCCAACUGUUUUGUCUAUUCCUACUGUAUCUGAAUAAAACCCCAAAAGCCACUCUCCAUCCCUGCACCCAAUCCCAAUUUACUCAGACACCCAAUGAAUUACCCUAAAUUCUCAAACCCUAACCAACCCAACACAGACUGCCUUGGAUUAGGAGUGUAAUAACUACUGUAUAUGUAACACAUUUGUAUUUGGUGUUUAUGACUGUAUGUCUGCCUGUGUGAGUGUGUGUGUGUAAAUUGAAAGAAAGGAAUACUACCACAUUUGGCAUGUGUGAAUGUGUGGAAGUAGGAGUGUGCCUUAACAGGUGAAGCACACUUGUGAGAAUGAGUGAACAGGAAGAGCAUGUUUUAAAAUACUCUGAGCAUGUAUGGGAGUGUGUGUGUGUGUAAAUGUGAUAAAAAUGUUAUGAAUCUAGUUUGAUGUCAGUGAGCUCUUUAGGCCAGAAUGAAAUUGUUAAGAAAUGUUUUUCAUACUGACCAAAUCAGUCAUGCUGUACAAAACUGUUGAACACAAUGUAAAAAGGAGCAGUGGGUAUGAACAAUUUCCCUGUUUUAUCAGUAAUUCAAUACAAUUUAUUCACAAAGUGCUUUGGCGGUACCAUAGAGUACAAUAUCUGCAUGGUCUCAUUAAAAUGUCCAGCACUAGCCUACAAGAAAAAAAGAUUUUUCAUUAUUGAGAUGAAGUUUAAAACUUGAUUUGAUUUUUAAUCUACAUAACUCCUGACCUUUGUAUCAUCAUUUGUGAUUUGAGAAGAACAAAAUUAAAAUGUUAAUGUUGAA